CCAUCACCACCACCACAAUCACUACGCUACUUCACCUCGUCCGACGUCACGCCCACUAGCUCUGUUGUGUCCUUUUAUUGUGCCUCACUUCAUCGUCAGGGGUCGUGAGGCUGCCUAUAGGAUCCUGAAGGACUCUGUAGGACACUGAAGGAUGCUGAAGCCAAGGACCCUCACGCAGAUCCUCAGUCAAGCCAAUACUGGAGGUGUUCAGAGUGCCCUAUUGCUCAAUUUAGAGGGUGCCCUGCUUGCCUUCAGUGGGUAUGGGGAUCGAGAUGCCAGGGUGACGGCUGCCAUCGCCAGCAACAUCUGGGCCGUGUAUGACAAGAAUGGCAGAAACGCUUUCUCUGAAGACAGACUGAACAUGAUAUUGAUGGAGUGUGAGGAGGGCAAGGUGUGUGUGACACAGGUGGCUAAUCUGCUGCUGGCUGUGUAUGCCAAAGAAAACGUCGGCUUUGGUCUUCUCAGGAUCAAGACUGAGGCACUGGCCCGCUACCUGGAUGGGCCGCUGCGGCAGGUGGCUGCUGCGUGAUGAUCUCAGCCAUGCUUUGGGCUCUUGAUGCCUUCAGUAUACUUUAAGGGGGGUACAGAUUGCCAUAUAUAUUUUUCAGAUAUUAUACUUUAGAUAUUCCUGGAUGUAAUCACUGCUGGCAUAGUGACAUGUUGUAUUUACUGAUGCAAUUGUUAGACUUGUGUGGUUCACUUAAUCUGUGUACUGUUUGAGAUUUUAAAUUAUUGGUUAUUCCUUUUAUGAUUUAGUUGAAAAACUUGAUAUAAGGACUUUCAAGUAAAUAUGUACACACAGUAA